CAGAUGAGGAGCAGCUCCGCUUCACAGCCAGGUAAACUCUCCCCGGCCUCCCCGCCAAACCCUCCCCGGGGAGCAGGCGGACAUUCGCGGACAUCGAUGCGGACUCUGCCGCCUCUCUCCUCCGGGGUGUACUCGGUUGUUUCUCCCUCCGCAGCUGCGGGGAAGCGUGACCUGCCGGAGCUAGCUGCUAGCAGGCAGGAGCUAGCUAGGAUUAAUCAGGCAGGACGAGGCGGUGCAGAUAUGAGUGACGUGGCGGAGGAAGCGAUGGACAGCUCUGCGCUGUCGGAGGAAGAAGUGGAGGACCAGCAGGAGGCGUCGCAGGAAAACCAGUCGAGUCUGAACAAAAGCAGCUCCAAAAUAUCUGCCGCAGGAGAAAUCCUAGAAGGCAAGCGGGCCAAGAAGACAGUGGAGAGGCUCGACUUCCAGGCACCGAAGCAAAAGGAGAAGCUCAAGAUCGGAGAUGGUAGUGGAGAGAAACUCGGGGACAUUCCACGCACCGGCUUCCAGAUCACCAAGACGAAGCCAGCUGACCUGAAACCUCUGCACACCAUCCUGUUCGACAGGCCGGGAAAGAUGGCCACAAUAAAGAAGAACUUGCGUCUGUUUAACGGCUUUCCUUUCGACGCAGACAGCGAACAGUACACCAAAAAACGAGAAAAGCUCCUCAAGAAUUCAAAUUUUACCAGCACCAAACUGAAAGUGGUCUGCGGUGUUCUGGAUCUGGAGAAGAAAGGAACCCACUCAGACCUGGUCGACAGGAUCCUGACUUUCCUCACCGCACCGAAAAACAGCGGCAAGCGUCUGCCCGUGAAGAAAAAGAGAAAAUCAAAGAAGAAACUGUCAGGCGACGACUCUAACGCCAAAACCAAGAAGAAGAGCAAACCCAAACCCAGGAGCUCGUCGUCCAGUCCCAAGAAGUCCAAAACGGGGAGCAAGUCCAAAGCCAUCGUGAUGGACUCCAGCAGCGACGAGGAUGAGGAGGAGGAGGACGAGAAGGUGGGAGCUUCAGCUGAGGCUGAAGGCUCGGACGCAGAGGACAAACCAUCAGAGAAGGAGGAGGACCAGUCUGACAAGUCAGAGGAGUCUGCAGAGGAGGAGGAGGAGGAGGAGGAUGAAGAUGAUGAUGAGUCUCCCAAAUCGAAGUCGAGCAGAGGGAAGUCUGCUUCCAAGAAAUCUGCUCCGGUGAAAAGACAGAGGACGCCAGCGAAGAAGACGGGGCCGCCCAAAAAGAGGGCGAAGAAGGACGAUUCAGACGAGUCCGAGUCCGACGCCGACAGUGAAGCCGACGAGAAGCCCAAAAAGAAGAAAUCAGCUCCGGCCAAACCUGCCGCCAAAACCAAGAAAGCCGACAGUAGCAGCAACAGCAAAACCAACACCAACACAGCAGAGGACAGCUCGGACGACGACGAGCCGCUCAUCAAGAUGAUCAAGAAAGCUCCGACGGACGAGCAGCUGAAGGAGACGGUGCAGAGUCUGCUGAAGGAGGCCGACCUGGAGGAGAUGACCAUGAAGCAGAUCUGCCAGAGGGUGUUUGACACGUAUCCAGACCACGACCUGGCCAGCAAGAAGGACUACAUCAAACAGACCGUCAAGUCUCUCAUCAUAUGAAGAUCUGAAGAAUCGCUGCAGCGAAGGAAAACUUCAGUAGAAAUCACUGAAAAGCUUUUUUUUCUUUUUUUCUUCAUAUCAGUUUGUUUUCAUACGAAACCGUUUUCUACAUGAUUAUGUUGUGUUUUUCUAUUAUUGUGUGUCUGUAUAGAUUUUCAGAGUAACUCCACAGCGGUCAUCACCAUCAAGCAGCUGAUUUAUCAGAUUUAUCGUUCAAAACGUCAACAAAAUCCAUUUAUUUUUCCACUUGAGAGCGAUGAAGGAGACCGACAUGGAAAAGUCCCAGAACUGAUUUUAUUAUCUCAUCUUUGCUUUUGAUUCGCAGGACUUCAGUUUUAACUUCUGGGUGAAUAUCUGUAAAUAUGUUUCUAAGUAGGUGAAGCUAUUUUUGACUAACAGGCGUCAUUCUGUCUAAGAUUCUUUGUUCCCUUUGGCUGUUUUUGGUCGUCAGACAUUAAUUAAUCCUGCUGAGUAAUUGACGUACUGAUGAUUAAAAUUGUACUUUUUUUUUAAAACAAAAA